UGAGUAACGGAAGACUUGGUUAUUGCUGAAUAUCCGUUUUUAUUUAUGUGUACCGAGUGAAUCCAUCAAAAAAAAAUUAUAGUCUCAAGGUACCAUGGGUCGAGUAAUUCGUGCACAGCGUAAAGGUGCGGGAUCUGUUUUCCGAUCUCACACUAAGAGGAGGAAGGGAGCACCGAAGCUCCGUUCCUUGGACUUUUCUGAGAGACAUGGAUACAUCAAGGGUGUCGUUAAGGACAUUAUUCAUGAUCCUGGUCGUGGUGCACCGUUAGCUGUUGUUCAUUUCCGAGAUCCUUAUAAGUUUAAAACGCGCAAAGAAUUAUUUAUCGCUCCUGAGGGCAUGUAUACUGGCCAAUUUUUGUACUGUGGAAAGAAAGCUAAUCUUCAGAUUGGAAACGUAAUGCCAGUCGGCACGAUGCCGGAAGGUACGAUUGUUUGCAAUCUGGAGGAGAAAACCGGUGACAGGGGCCGUUUGGCCAGGGCUUCCGGCAAUUACGCUACUGUAAUAGCUCAUAAUCCGGACACUAAGAAAACCAGGGUGAAGUUACCAUCCGGUGCGAAGAAAGUAAUUCCCUCCAAUAACAGAGCGAUGGUUGGAAUAGUCGCUGGUGGUGGAAGGAUAGACAAGCCUAUCCUCAAGGCUGGCAGAGCAUACCAUAAGUACAAGGCUAAGAGGAAUUGCUGGCCUAAGGUUCGUGGUGUCGCUAUGAACCCGGUAGAGCAUCCUCAUGGUGGUGGUAAUCAUCAGCACAUUGGUAAGGCGUCCACCGUGAAACGAGGGACUAGUGCUGGUCGUAAGAUCGGUCUUAUUGCCGCUCGUCGUACCGGAAGAAUCCGAGGAGGCAAAACCGAUACUAAGAAAGACGAUUAAACACUGGUAUUUGAUGUAUAUUAUGCAAUAAAAAGAUACGAAAACAAUUGUCGCCGGAA